CAGCCGGACACGCUGCUAUCGCGGGACGAUUACACCGUGCACAAGACAACCCUGUGCAAGGAAGCGAUGGACAAGUCCAACACAGCGCUGUUUUUCGUCCCCGGAGGCCUAAAGCCAAAGAUCCAGCCUUGCGAUGGACUUAUCAACAAACUCUUCAAGUCCAACGUGUCCAAGCUGUACGACGACCACAUGGCCUCCACCGACGCCAUGCGCAACGACCGCGGCUACACGGAGCCCCCAUCGAGGGGAUUGCUCGCGCAGUGGGUGAAUAAAGCGUGGGAUAAGGUGGACCCUGAGAGCAUCCGUUCGAGCUGGAGGAAGGCUGGCAUGACCCUUGCCCUCGAUGGGUCGAAAGACAAGGCGUGGGCCAACAAGGAGCUCAACUCCGACGCUCAAGGGAAACCACUUCGUGCAGACGGCGACGCGGCCGCUGCCGGCGUGGAGGCGGCUGGCCCAUCGGAGGAGGGGGAGACGAUGGAAGACUUGUUGGAGGUGUUGGAAAACGACGACGAUGACAGCACGGGAGAUGGCGAAGGCAUCGAUGACCCGGAGGUUGAGGUCAUGGCAGACUUGCGGGGGGCGGACGUUGUUUGCAUAGAUUGAGUGUCUUGUCUGGUAUCUACCUACCGUAGUUGCAUGCAUGGUCAAGUCAACCAAAGCUGCGAUUCGAGCCAAUUCGUCCUGUGUUUGAUAUGUUUCGGUAGUCGCUUGUCCUCUUUUGAUGUUGUUUCUAGCUUUGGUUGAUAUGUAGCUGGCACUUGCUUGCGUCCUAUGUAGUUUCAGCUUGAGUGGUGAACGCAAGUCUUGCAAGUCGUUGCGUCGUCCAGGUACCUGUGUGCUGUCGUUUUGUCGCACACAACACCGGC